UCUGACUAUGAUUGCCCAAAAACGAGGCCCGUCCGACAAAAAUGCGACAGAAGAAGCUGAGAGUCCGAAAAAGCGCCGGACCAGACACGUAGCGGCUCUGAUUCUGGCUAGAGGCGGUAGCAAAGGGAUCCCGCUGAAGAACAUCAAACUGCUAGCGGGCGUUCCUCUGAUGGGCUGGGUGCUGAGAGCCGCCAUCGACUCGGGAGAGUUUGACAGUGUUUGGGUGUCAACAGACCACGAUGAGAUUGAAAAAGUUGCAAAAUCCUGGGGGGCCAAAGUCCACCGGAGGAGCAAAGAAGUCUCCAGGGACUCCUCCACUUCCUUGGAGACAAUUCAGGAGUUUCUCAAGGAAAAUCCAGAGGUGACAGUGGUCUGUAACAUCCAGGCUACGUCUCCAUGUCUCCAUCCAUCUCACAUAAAGAAUGCCCUGAAGAAGAUCACAGAGGACGGAUACGACUCCAUCUUCUCCGUGGUCCGGAGAUACCGGUUCCGCUGGAAGGAGGUCAAGAAAGGAAGUGAUGAAUGCACUGAGCCGGAGAAUCUGAACCCUGCGAAGCGUCCACGGCAUCAGGACUGGAACGGAGAGCUGAUUGAGAAUGGUUCAUUUUACUUCGCCACCAGAGACCUCAUCAUGAAGGAAGGACGGCUGCAGGGCGGUCGGGUCGCCUACUUUGAGAUGAAGCCAGAGCACAGCGUGGACUUCGAGGUGGACAUCGACUGGCCUGUGGCAGAGCAGAGAGUACUCAGGUAUGGAUACUUUGGCCGGGGAGUGUCUCUGAUGUUCUGUGAAGUUUCUGGAUGUUUGACAGAUGGACGGGUCCACUUGUCUGGGUCCCUGGACAGGCCUGGAGUGUCCUUUGCUGGUGGCCCGUGUGACACUGAUUCUGAAGUGGUCUCUGCUAACGUGUCCGACUCUGAAGCGUCCUCUGCUAAGGGCUCCAUCCACAGCAGAGACACAGAAGGAUUCAGUGUCUCCAUCCACAGCAGAGACACAGCAGGACUCAGGAAGCUGCAGAAGAACGAUCUGAAGGUGGUGCUGCUGAUCUCUGAGGAAGAUGUGCUCCGACAGAUGCGUUUUAAACUGAAGAUGAUGACGGGCUGUGAAGUGAUGUUAGUCGGAGAGGAUCCACUAAAAGAUGUGCAGUCGAUGGUGGAGAAGGAGAAGCUGGACUGGAAGGAUGUGGCCUACAUAGGCUGCGACGCAGCGUCCGCCAGCUGUCUGCACCUGGCGGGUCUGAGCGCGGCGCCUGCAGACGCCCAGCCCGACGCCAUCAGGGCCCGCAAGUUUGCCUGCAAACAAGGCGGCGGGGCGGGCGCUGUGUGGGAGUUCGCUGAACACGUCCUGCUCCAGAAGCAGCAGGCCAGGCUCCAGAUGAAGCAGGAUUUGAUCGACCGCAACUGCUUCUGAUGUCAGAACCUGGAUUAAGAUGCGACACGUUUUGUGUGAAGUACUUGGGAUGGUCAUUAAAAAUCACUGAUUUCUUGUUUCUGCA